AUGACGAUGGUCGACAACGCCGACGUUGACGAGUUCGCCGUCGACAGCGCCGAGUACCGAGCAAAGAAGCGGACGGACGACCCGGAGCUGGCGGCGCGCAUCGCCGCGCGCGUCAACCGCACCUCCGUGGACCGCACACGCGCGAGCCAGGACCGCGCCGCCGCGGACGCGCCCCGCGCGCGCUCGAAGGACUACGCCCGCCCGGCCGCGGUCGAGCACGACGCCGGCGUCGGCCGCACGGCGGCGCUGCAGCGCAUGGAGUCGCUCCCGGAGGACCAGGUAGUAGAUGCGGGGGCGGAGGCGGACGGCGGCGCGGGCGCGGGGGAGCAGCACAAGUUCGUGGCGCGGGACGGCGACGCGGCGGCGAUGGUGCGCACGUCGUCGCUGUUCAAGCCGAGCAACGAGGAGGGGCCGCAGGACACGCGGCCGGGGUCGUCGGGCGCGGUGGUGCUCGGGGUGAACGGGCGCGCGGGCGCGGGGGGCGCGCGGGACAGCAAGGAGCACGCGCGGAGCAGCGUGACGUUCGAGGUGCGGGAGCCGUCCCCGCGCGCCUCCACUUCGGGGGAGUCCGACUCGGAGGAGAGCGACGGGUCUGACUCGGACUUCUCGGUGGACUGGGUGCUGACGGACGCGAACCGGAAGUCGUUCCGCGAGCACGUGAUGUCGGCGCUGACGGCGGUGGUGCAGCACGAGGACUUCGAGCUCCUGAUUCUGCUCCUCAUCGUGGCCAACUGCAUCACGCUGGCCAUGUUCAAGCCGCUCUCGGGGCCCGAGGACAGCUGGAACAAGAACCUCGAGACCGCGGAGCUCGUGUUCAACUCGAUCUUCACGCUCGAGAUGGUCCUCCGCAUCCUCGCGCUCGGCGGGCCCAUCGCCUACAUGCGCGAGCCCUGGAACGUGUUUGACUUCUGCAUGGUCGCCGUCGGGUACACGUCCUUCAUCCCCGCGGCCGCGGACGGGACGUCGUCGCUCCGCGCGCUCCGCGCCCUGCGCGCGCUGCGGCCGCUGCGGACCAUCACGCGCUUCGACUCGCUGCGGGCGGUAGUGGCGUGCUUCAUCGAGGCCGUGCCGCUCCUCGGGCAGGUGGUCAUCCUCAUCUUCUUCCUGCUCAUUCUCUUCUCCAUCGCCGGCGUGUCGCUCUUCGCGGAGGCCUACUACCGCGCGUGCUACGACCCGGCCACGGACACGUACGAGCCCAGCCCGGGCAACUCCCCGGACGAGCUCGGGUGCGGCGGGUGGCGCUCGUGCCCGGCCGAGUACCCCGUGUGCGCGAACACGGGGUUCAACACGGGGCAGGAGGUGGCCGGGUGGGACAACAUCGGCGUCGCCAUGCUGACGUGUUUCCAGAUCAUCACCAUGGGCGGGUGGUCGUACAUCAUGUACCGCUCGGUGGACAACACGGGGUGGUGGUCCGCGUUCUUCUACAUCCUCCUCGUCCUCUUCGGCGCCUACUACGCGCUCAACCUCUUCCUCGCCGUGCUCAAGGUCAAGUACGCCAAGGCGCAGAGCGUCUUCCAGGACCAGCUGCGCGACAAGGCCGAGCAGGAGACGAAGAAGAAGAACACGCUCAUGCGCAUCGGCGCGCACAUCCGGAAGUCCAUCUCCGAGUACACGGCGCGCCGCAGGGCCAAGUCGAUGGCCCGCAUGCGCCAGUCGGAGCGCAUCAACGCCAUCUUCCUGGCGCACGAGGCGGAGAACGAGGGCGCGGACAGGCGCUCGUCCGACAGCGACGAGGUCGACGACGAGGGGAACACCUCGAGCGCGGUGCCGUCCAUGCGGCCGCCGCCCUCGGGCUCGCUGCACCGCACCGUGCUCGAGGGCAGGGCCGCGGCGGGCAGCCCCGCGGCGGAGGGCGGCUCGGAGGGCCGCAGGUCGCUGCGCAUCGGGAGCCUGAAGGGCGGGUUCGGCGAGGGGGAGGAGAACGGGGGCAUCCAGGACGACGGGAAUCCGUUCUUGUCGAAGAAGCCGGCGCUGAUCAGCCCCGCGGCAACGCCGGGCGCGUCGCAGAGCGGACGGAGCUCGAAGAAGGCCGUGAACAUCGCGAUUCCGAAGACUGCGGCCGAGAUCGCGGAGGAGUCGGAGCGGAUUUCGGACUCGGGCACGGAUGGGUUGUCGUCGACCAACUCGGGGCUGAUCUCGCGCGGGCAGGAGGCGAUGUCGGCCCAGAUGAAGCUCAAGCUGCUCGAGGGGAUGCUGCUGGAUGCGAGGGAUCAGAAGGCGUGGUUCAAGGUCGCGAUGCUGCACUUCCGCCUGUGGAACUUCCACAUUGCCGAACACCGCUACUUCACCAACUUCUUCUUCUUCCUGAUCCUGAUCAACACGCUCCUGCUGGCGAUCGAGUACGACGGCAUGCCGCAGGGGCUCUCGGACGGUCUGUCGAUGUCGAACAUCGUCCUGACGGCCCUGUUUGGCCUCGAGGUGAUGAUCAAGAUCAUCGGCUACGGGCUGCCGGACUUCUGCGCGGACGGGUUCAACAUCUUCGACGCCUUCGUGGUCUUCAUGGCCAUCCUCGAGCUGUCGCUGCUGUCCGGCGGGGGGCUGUCGUCCCUGCGCGCCCUCAAGUCCCUGCGCAUCCUCAAGUCCUUCCGGGUGCUGCGCGUCUUCAAGAUGUUCCGCUACCUGCAGUCCAUGCGCAAGGUCGCCGAGGUCGUCGUCGCCGCCACGGGGUCCUUCAUGUCGAUCGCGCUCCUCAUCCUCCUCGUGAUGCUCGUGUUCACCAUCGUCGGCCUGCACGUGUACGGCCCGGAGUCGCUGAAACGCCCGGAGUUCGACGAGGAGUACCAGACGACCUUCUCGACGUUCCUCAGGUCCCUGCGAACCGUGUUCCAGCUCCUGACCCUCGAGGAUUGGGAAAUCAUCAUGUUUUCAUACGUCCGCACCACCGGCUUCUCGGCCGUGGCGUACUUCCUGUCCUGGGUCGUCAUCGGCAAGUGGAUCUUCCUGACCCUCUUCCUCGCCGUCACGCUCGAGGCGUUCGAGUCCAAGUACGACCAGCAGGCGGUCAAGGAGAUGAAGAUCCUGGCCAAGAAGGAGAAGAGACGAGCCGCCCGCCGCGACCGAGCGCGCUCCAAGGCGGAAAGCAUCAAGGCGGGCUCCCAGCCUGGAUCGGCCUCGGACGGAAUUUUCUCGUUCCGGCCCGGACGCAGCCCCAAGGUUGCCCCGGAGAUAAGCGCGGCAGACAUGCCCUCAGACGGGACGCCGAUGACCCCGCCGCGAGUCGCAGCGGCGUUCGCGGGCCACCACGGCGCUGUCGGGCACGGAAGCGGUCUGAGCAGCCUCAGGAAGUCGGCGCUGAAGAACCCCGCGCGCCCGAGCCGGCUGGCGAACAGCAGCGUGGUCGACAGCGGCAACGCCCCUGCGGCGGGGGCGCGGCACGCCCACAGCGGCAUGGAGAUCGGCGACGACGUCGCGCGGCUCGGGACCCGGGCUUCGGGCCUUCGGCGCACCACGGCGCCCGGGCUGCCCGCGGCUGCGGUAAUGAGCUUGGCGGAGGGGAGCAUGCAGACGAACGACACCAGCAAGUUCUCGCACUUCGACAUCGACCACGUUCCGGAGAGCCCGGAGGAGCACCAGGAGGCGGGGGACGCGCAGAUCAACAACGCGGCCUCGGGCCAGGACAACUCGGUCGGUGCGGGAACUGCUGAGUUCGCCCCGGCCGUCAGCGCGCCGCCGGCGGAGGAGGGGCGGGCCGAGGAGGGCAGCCCCGGUUCGGGCGACACGAGGCAGGGAUCGCGCGGGGACGCGGGCGGAGUGCCUCCCACGGAGGAGCUCCUGGGCCCGCAAGGGUUUGGCGAGGGUUGGUUCUCGGGGAAGAAGAAGGGCAGCGACGACGCGGUGUCGUCGGAGAGCGAGUCGCUGUACUCGACGAGGUCCGGGACGUCGUUCGCGCUGAACUCGGAGACGCGCGAGGUGAUGGAGCUGCAGCGGGAGGCAGCGGAGCUGUAUGGCGAAGCAAUGGACGACGCGUCGGCGUCGCAGCACAGCGGGGGGAAGCAGGUCACGAAGCCGAAGGCGAAGGAGGGGAUGAGGCUGGUCGGCAAGACCUUCUGGAUCAUCGGGCGCAAGAACCCGAUCCGGAAGUUCAUCUUCCACAAGGUCGUGACCAAGUCGUGGUUCGACUACUCGAUGUUCCUCGUCAUCCUCGUCAACUGCGCGUUCAUGAUGCUCGAGAGGCCCACCAUCGUCGAGGGCCACAGCCUGUACAAGAUGCUCAAGUACGCCGACAUCUGCUUCGCCGUCAUCUUCGCGGCGGAGGCGAUCCUGAAGAUCAUCGCGCUCAACUUCAAGCAGUACUGGAAGAGCCACUCGAACAAGCUCGACCUCAUGAUCGCCGCGGUCUCGCUCAUCGAGGUGUCGCUGCAGAGCUCCUCCAUCCGCGGGCUCAAGGCCUUCCGCGUCCUGCGCGCGUUCAAGCCCCUGCGCGCCCUCACGCGGUCGGCGGGCAUGCAGCUCGUGUUCCGCUCCAUCACGCUGUCCAUGGCCUCGAUGGCCAACGUGUCGGUCAUCCUCAUGCUCUUCGUCAUGGUCUUUGGGAUCCUGGGCGUGCAGCUCUUCAACGGGCGGUUCAAGCGCUGCAACGACACCAGCGUCGCGGGCGUGGACGAGUGCGUGGGCACGUUCACCAACCCCGAGACGGGCGAGGAGGAGGAGCGCGUGUGGUCGAACACGCUGCUCAACUUCGACCACCUGGGGAACGCCAUGCUCUGCCUGUUCGUCGUGUCGACGCUCGACGGGUACGCGCAGAUCCUGGACGACGCCAUGGCCGCGGGCGAGAAGGGCGAGCAGCCGCAGCCCGGGCAGAACGUCAUCGCGCUGAUCUACUUCAUCCUGUUCGUCUUCCUGGUGGGCUUCUGCCUGCUCAACAUGUACGUCGGUGUGGUGUUCUACCAGUUCUCCCGCAUCCGGCUCAUGAGCACGGCGGGGUGCGCCUUCAUGACCCAGGAGCAGACGGAGUGGAUCGAGCUGAACAAGAUGAUCGCGCGGCUGAGCCCGCAGGAGAAGCCCCCGCUGACAAAGUCCAAGUUCCGCAAGUUCUGCCGGAAGGUGGUGGACCACGACGCGUUCGAGUGGUCGAUCAUGACGCUGAUCGUGCUGUCCACGCUGUCGAUGGCCGUGGAGCACUACAACCAGCCCGACGAGAUGACGUCCAUCCUGGAGUACAUCAACUACUUCUUCACGGGCGUCUUCGUCCUCGAGGCGCUCUUCAAGAUCGGCGCGCUGGGCUUCAUGUUCUACAUCCGCAACCCGUGGAACCGCUUCGACUUCAUCAUCGUGUGCACCACGCUGUUCGACACCUUCUUCAGCUUCCUGGGCCUGUCGUUCGUGCGCACCAUGCGCGUGCUGCGCCUGACGCGCAUGCUGCGCCUCAUCCGGCGCGUGCGCGGCCUGAACGAGAUGUUUUACACCCUGUACCUCUCCCUCCCGGCCUUCGGGAACGUCGGGGCCUUCCUCCUGCUGCUCUUCUUCAUGUAUGCCUACGUGGGCGUGCUCCUGUUCGGGGAGAGCCCGCGGACGCCGUCGAUCAACGAGCACGCGAACUUCUCCGACUUCGGCCGCGCGAUGAUCACGCUCUUCCGCGCGUCCACGAACGACGAGUGGGUGUCGAUCAUGUCGGACUUGGCCGAGCCGGGGAAGUGCGCCCCGACGGUCGACGGCGGGACCGACUGCGGGUCGUUCGUGGCGAUCCCGUACCUCGUGUCCUUCGUGCUGCUCGUGUCGAUGAUCAUGAUCAACCUCUUCACGACGGUCAUCAUCGAGAACUUCGAGAAGCAGACCAAGCAGGACGAGUGGACGCUGCACCCCGACUCGCUCGACCGCUUCAUCGACCUGUGGGCGCAGAAGGACCUCGGCGACGGCACCAUCGAGCCGCGCGACCUCGAGGAGAUCCUCGUCAAGCUCGGCCCCCCGCUCGGCAUCCCCAAGGACGCCAACGCGCGGCAGGUCAUCGCCUUCGUCCUGGAGCUCGACAUCCCGCUCGACCAGAACGGGCACGUGCCGUUCAAGCGCGCGCUGUACGAGCUGGUCAAGAAGGUCUCGUUCAUCGACAUCCCCGAGGGGCAGGUCAAGAGCCAGAUCGACCGCCUGUUCAAGAAGUUCUUCCACAGCCAGGAGACGGAGGAGCACAUGAACUUCUCCGCCUACGUCACCGUGCUGCGCGUGCAGCGCCGCUGGCGCCUCAUGCUGCGCGCGCGGAAGCUGCGCCAGAGGCUCGAGCGGCGCCAACAGCGCAUGGCGCCGCGCGCGCCCCCGCUCAAGCAGGCCUUCGACCUGCGCCAGGCGCUCGAGGCGGAGCUCAAGAAGGCGCCGCUGCCCGACGGCAUGGUCCUCGCGGUCGACCCGUACGCCAUGGAGGACUUCAGCGCGUGGUUCCAGGCGGCGACGGGGGUCGAGGUGGAUGCGGGGACCGGGAGCCCCCGCCCGUCGAAGAAGGCCUCGCGCCAGGCAAAGCGCCAGGCCAGUCGAUUCGGACGCGGGCUGCGCACCAUUCCGAGCGUAGAAACCGACGGGUUGGGGCGGACCAGCAGCAACGGGGCUGGCGAACCUCGGCUCAGCCCCACGGGCUCCGGACGGCUGAAAAACAUCACGUCGUUCGGUGGCGCGAGGAACAGGACUCGAUUUUCCACAGACAAGAAACCGGACCGGAUCGACGAGGACACGCCUCAGUAG